AUGGCUACUGCUGGCAGUGUGCUGACUGAGGAGCAGCUUCUUUGCCCCAUCUGUCUGGAUUUGUUCAACCAACCGGUAUCCACUCCUUGUGGGCACAACUUCUGCAGGGACUGCAUUCAAGGAUACUGGCACAGCGCUAAUCUGUCGCAGUGUCCCAUGUGCAAGCAGAAGUUCUACAGGAAGCCCGAGCUUAAAGUUAAUGUCUUCAUAUCUGAGGUUGCUUUGCAGUUUAAGAAAUCAUUGGAAAAGAAAGAUGAAAAUGAAGCAAGUACUGCGGACCAAUCAUCAGGCCAUGAAGGGGAUGUGUUGUGUGAUGUGUGUGUUGGAAAAGGAGUCAAAGCUCUUAAAUCCUGCCUGGACUGUUUGGCCUCCUUCUGUGAGACUCACCUGGAGCCCCAUCAUGUUCUAGGCACUUUCAAGAAACACCGCCUGAUCGACCCCAUGAUGAACAUGCAAAAUAGAGUGUGUAAGAAGCACGAGAAACUCCUGGACCUGUUCUGUAACACUGACCAGACAUAUGUGUGCCAUACCUGCAUUAAAAGAGACCACAGCACUCAUCAUACUGUACCCAUAGAGGAUGUGAGCAGAGACAGGAGAGCUCAUAUUGGAAGGAUAAAUGCAGAGGUGGAAGAAAUGAUUCACGGCCGACUUGAGAAAAUCAGUGAAAUCAAUCAAAGUCUUCAGCUCAGCAGAGGGAAUACAGAGAGAGAGAUUGAGGAGAGUUUGCAGGUCUUCAACAAUCUGCUCCACAUUGUCCAGAGAGGCCAAGCUGAGGUGGUGGAGGCAAUUGAUGCAAAGCAGAAACAAGUUGAAGGCAAGGCCAGAGGACUUAUCAUGGAGCUGGAGAAGGAGAUCGAUGACCUUAGGAGGAGAAACGCUGAGCUGGAUCAGCUCUCGCACACAGAAGACAACCUCUACCUUAUCCAGAGCUUUCCAGCUUUCUCCACACUGCCAGCCACCAAAGACUGGUCAAACACAUGCGUGGAAAGUGCUGUAUAUGUGGGAACAGUGAGGAGGGCAGUCAGGAGAGUAGCGUGUCAGCUGGAGGAGACAGUAAAGACUGAGGUGAAGAGGCUAUGUGAGACCGAAUUUCAGAGGGCUCAGCAAUGUGCUGUGGAUGUGACUCUGGACCCUGAUACAGCGCAUCCCAAACUGGUGCUGUCUGAAAACAAGAAACAGGUCUUUCACAGUGAUUUAGCGCUGAGCCUCCCGGACAACCCAGAGAGAUUUUACCCUGGUGUCAGCGUUUUGGGUAAAGAGAGUUUCUCCCUAGGCAGGUUGUACUAUGAGGUCCAGGUGAAAGGCAAGACGGAGUGGGAUGUUGGAGUUGGGCUUGAAUCCAUCAACAGAAAAGGAGGGAAUAUAUUAAACCCUGAAACAGGCUAUUGGGCCCUCGGGAUGAGGAAGGACAAGAGCUACUGGGCCCUCAGCAGCACUCCUAUCCGUGUGCCACUGGUUGGGAAGCCCCAGAGAGUCGGGGUGUAUGUGGAUCUGGAUUGGGGGCAGGUUUCCUUUUAUGAUGUCGACGCUGCUUCUCAUAUCUACUCAUUCACUGGAUACUCGUUCAAUGAAAGACUUUUCCCCUACUUUAACCCUCGGCGUAAUCAUGGUGGAGUCAACUCUGCUCCUCUGAUCAUUUCACCUUGAAAUCUAGUCCUCCAACUCAUACGACCACAUGGAUCAUUUGUUCUGACCCUCUAAUACGACCCACGGCAGAUCAACACGUCCUCAUAACUAAUGGCCGCUGUUUU